AUGAAGUGCUCGGAGAUCCGGGAGGCAGUCAGUCAAGGAAAGUUUUGGAAGUCGGAAGCACCAGCACCAGGAGCUCACCAAAGCACCAAAGUGGACCAGCAGCGGAAGAAAGAGAAGGAGGGCUCUUCCCGAAGGCGUUCCCAUCACCGUCGCAAGGAGAGAGGGAGCAGGAGAGCCAGCCGAAGCAGAGAGAGAAGUUCCCCAGUGGGCCAUCGGCAUCGCUCUCCCCAUCGGGAUCGGCGUGAGCCUCCCCGCUCGAGUAUCGUGGUGCCCGAGAGGAAGCCGAAGCAAGCAUCCCAUCGUAGCCGGGAGCUACCCACGCUUCUUCUGCCCGAGAGGAAGCCGAAGGAGGUCUUCGAGUCCACUCGGGAGCUACCAAAGCCUGUUCAGCCGGAGAAGAAGCCCGAGAGGGAGCUGAAGGAAGAUUUCGGGGACCCCCGGGAGAUAUUCAAGACUCCCAACGCACCUAAGCGGGAGAGAGAACCAACAUCCGGUGAGUGGAAGAGGCUGAAGGCAGAGGUGUCAGUACCGGCUUUAAUUAGCCCGUUGCCGCCCACUCCUGCUGCUGGAGGCGGACAAGCCACACGUUCCGCCGAGACUGGACGAGAGUCAAAACCACCACGCGCCCCACAUUUCCUACCACGUGUUCCACGUGGUCCAGUCCGGGAAGGCGAGGUGACACCGCCCCGACGACCAGGUCAGGCCCCGAAGGCUCCAGCGCCUGCUUCACCGGAGGAGAGUACCCGGCGGCUUCCACAUACUCCGCCAAGGUUUGUUCCGGGCCAGGGAGAGAGUGGGCGUGAGACAGUCUACCCACCAGCACUUGAGCGACGGUCUCCGUGGAGUCGAGCAUUGUUCCGGGCUCACUAUUUGGCCCUCCGCCUGGCUAUUGAGUGGGGCUAUCGUCCUCGUCCCCCCACCUGGCCACGCUUUGCUGCCGCAGAGCUCCGGCGGCCGAGCAACAACUUCCGCGCCGUGCUCGAAGCCUUCCGGCGAAUCACAUACCCCCCUCAGGGGGAAGAAGAUCUGUGGCACCCCCCGGCAACACCCGACUCAACAAAUCAAUGA